AUGGAUAAUUUUAUUGAUAUAUUUUCAAAAAUCGAUACAAACUAUGAUGAAAUUAUCACUAAGGAAGAAUUAGAGAAAUUCACCAAAGAGAAUCAUCUGGAUAAGCAAAUGGUUAAAAAAUGGUUGGAGCUGUUUUCAGAAGGGGCAACAAACUAUAUUACACUUAAUAAGUUUUUAGGUGUUCUAGGUGUUGCAAGAGAGAAAUAUGAAAUAAUACGAAGAAAUACAAUUCAACAACAUUCAGCAUUGUUUAAACUUGGUCCAGACAUUGAAUACAUUUCUGGUGAUAUGAUGUUACCACAACAAAUCAAUGUCAGCAAUGAAGCUAGAAAGUUAUAUCAAGAAUAUGAAUCUGAAAAUAAAUUAUCGAUUGCUAUAAAGCUUAAAGAAUUUCUAGAUAAAGUAUUUGGUCAUUCACAAGAAUGUAUUGAAAGUGAAAUAAUACGAAGAAAUACAAUUCAACAACAUUCAGCAUUGUUUAAACUUGGUCCAGACAUUGAAUACAUUUCUGGUGAUAUGAUGUUACCACAACAAAUCAAUGUCAGCAAUGAAGCUAGAAAGUUAUAUCAAGAAUAUGAAUCUGAAAAUAAAUUAUCGAUUGCUAUAAAGCUUAAAGAAUUUCUAGAUAAAGUAUUUGGUAGGUCAUGGCAUGUUACGAUAGUGUAUGGUUCCUUUGCCAGUUCAUAUACACAAGAACUUAAUACUUCAUUUCAAUUUAAAAUGAACAACCUUUAUUAUCUUAUAUGGAAAACACCAGAGUACAGAAAUGAAUAA